UCAUUAACUUAGUUGACUUCAAACUUCCGUGUCUCACUAGCUUUAUAAUGCACUAAUGCUAGUCUUGAAAUCCUUAAAUCCCAUCACCUAUUCACUCUUCUUGCAAUGGCAUGGUUUCUUUCUUAUACACUCUUCUUCUUAACACAAACAAUCCUACUUUUAUCGCCUACUGCUGCACAAAAUACUGGUAAUAUACCAGUUGGCCGAUCUCUCGUAGCCGCCACCAAUGGCUCAUCAUGGCUUUCACCUUCCGGCGAUUUUGCCUUUGGCUUUCAUCAACUUCCUAACACCAGAAAUCUCUUUUUGCUCUCCAUCUGGUAUGCCAAGAUUCCAGACACCGUAGUCUGGAGCGCAAAUGAUGGCAAUCCUGUUCCCCAAGGAUCAUCAGUACAGAUAACUGCUAAUGAGGGAUUAGUUCUCAGUGACCCUCAAGGAAACAACUUAUGGAACACCUCUAACGAGCUAAGCGGUGUUGGUGGUCGGAUGAGCUAUGGUUUCAUAAAUGAUACUGGUAAUUUCGCCCUCAAAAGAAGCAGCAAUGACAGUCCAGUUUGGCAGAGCUUUGACCAUCGCACAGACACCUUGCUGCCUGGUAUGUCAUUGGGAAGUAAUGAGGCGAUUAGUUCUCGACUAUCAGAGACUAAUUUCACAACAGGAAGGUUCCAGUACCGUCUGACUUCAGGUGGAAGCAUGGCUCUCAAUGCCAGGGACCCAAGCGGCUAUGCCUAUGACGCCUUUUUUUAUAGUGACGCUGCAAAUCCAGGUCUGACUCAGAGAUAUGUGUACAAUGAGUCAGGGUAUAUGUAUAUAUUGAGGAAAGAUGGAUCGAGGUAUAGUAUGUUACCGGACAAUUACACACCCUCACAAGAUUAUUACCAGAGAUUAAUCUUGAACUUUGACGGGAUUUUAAUAUGGUAUUCUGCCCCAAAAGCUUCUGUUAGUGAUGGUUGGUCCGUGUUUCAGGUAGUACCUGAAGACAUAUGUAGUUAUUCAAUCAUGAGAAAUUUAGGAAGUGGAGUUUGUGGGGAUAACAGCAUUUGCAUCCUUGGUGACAAUAGCAGGCCAACAUGUUCGUGCCCACGAGGUUACUCUCACCUAGAUCCAAAUGAUCAAUAUGGCAGCUGUAAACCCGAUUUCAAGCUAGAAAGUUGUGAAGGACAUGCAGAAAAUGCAAAGGGAGGUGAGUACACCUUAGUACGCCUUCCAAAUACUGAUUUUAGAUACAAUGAUUAUGAAAGGCUUGAUUCUAACAACGAAGAAGAUUGCAAGAAUUCUUGUCUAAAAGACUGCUAUUGUGCUGUUGCCUCUUUCAAGUCGUUGGGAGAUGAUUCUGGUUGUUGGAAGAAGAAAGCACCGCUUUCCAAUGGAAGAGAAGACAUUUCAUUGACCCCAGGUUGUUGGAUAAAGGUAGGGAAUGUUAACAUUUCCAAUGACCCACUCAACCCUUCUCUUACCUUCCCUCCUGUAACAGCAAAAAACAAAACGGAAACUUUAAACAAAGUUCUGUUUGGUGGCUCUGUAUCUGUUAAUAUACUGCUUUUAACUGCAAUUGGCCUCGGAAUUUUCUUCAUUUAUCAUAAGCAGCAAUUGAAAGUCUUUGAUGAGGUCCAGCAGAAAACAUUGAGGGAGUAUAGUAAGGUCCAUUAUUUCAGCUACCAAGAGCUCAAUGAGGCUACAAACGGGUUUGAGGAAGAGUUGGGAAGAGGAUCUUUUGGUAUAGUUUACAAGGGAAUUAUAGGUAGAGGUCCUCGAAUUUGUGUUGCUGUUAAGAAGCUAGAUAGAAUGUCAGGUAGUGAUACUGAUAUGGAAUUUAAAACUGAAGUUGAUGUAAUUGGACGGACGCAUCACAAGAAUCUAGUUCAGCUUGUAGGAUUUUGCAAGGAGGAAGACCAAAGGCUGUUAGUAUAUGAAUAUAUGAGCAAUGGUAGCUUAGCAGACUACCUUUUUCGCGACUCCAAACCAAGCUGGAUUGAAAGAGUCAUAAUUGCUCAGGGGACAGCAAGGGGGCUAUUAUACUUGCAUGAGGAGUGCAGCACUCAGAUUAUUCAUUGUGAUAUAAAACCCCAAAACAUACUUCUAGAUGAAUAUCAGAAUGCUAGGAUUUCUGAUUUUGGUUUGGCUAAGCUUUUGAUUCUAAAUCAAACCCAGACAAAUACUGCAGUCCGAGGAACCAAAGGUUAUGUUGCCCCAGAAUGGUUCAGAAACAAGCCAGUCACAGUGAAGGUAGAUGUCUAUAGCUUUGGGGUUUUGUUAUUGGAGAUCAUAUGUUGUAGAAAGAGUGUAUGCAUGGAUCUCUUUGAAGGGGAAGGAGCCAUUUUGACAGAUUGGGCAUUUGAUUGCUACCAAUCAAAUAGAUUAGAUUCACUUGUUAAUGAUGAUAUGGAGGCAAUUACAGACAUGAUAAGACUGAAGAAGUUUGUAAUGGUUGCCCUAUGGUGUAUCCAAGAAGACCCAAGUGUUCGACCAACAAUGCGAACAGUCACACAGAUGCUAGAAGGUCUUGCUGAAGUGCCCAAUAACCUUCCUUGUCCAACCUCAUUUUCAGUUACAAUGGCUUCGCCUCCAUCGUGUAUCCUUUUCUCCUUUUUUACACUCUUCCUCCUACAAUCCAUUGCUGCACAAAAUGGUGGCCAAAUAACAGUUGGACAAUCUCUCACAGCCAUUGGCAACGGUUCCUUAUUGCUUUCACCUUCCGGCGAUUUUGCCUUUGGCUUUCAUCAACUUCCUAACAAAAACAAUCUCUUCUUGCUUGCCAUCUGGUAUGCCAAGAUUCCUGAUACCAUAAUUUGGCAUGCGAAUGAUGGUAAUCCUGUUCCCCAAGGUUCAUCACUCAAGAUAACUGCUAAUGAGGGCUUAGUUCUCGAUGACCCUCAAGGAAACAACUUAUGGAACACCUCGGACGAGUUAAGCGGUUAUGGUGGUGUGAGUCGUUGUUUCAUGAAUGAUACUGGGAACUUCAUCCUCAAAAGAAGCAGCAAUGACAAUCCAGUUUGGCAGAGCUUUGAUCAUCCUACAGACACCUUGUUGCCUGCUCAAUUUAUGGAGAUAAACGGGGAGGUUAACUCUCAGCUAUCAAGGAAUAAUUUCACUAAGGGGAGGUUCCUGUUACGUUUGAUCCCUGAUGGAAACCUUGUUCUCAAUACCAGAGAUCUAACAACCAGCUUUAUCUACGGUGCUUACUAUACCAGUAAUACUAAUAACCAAGCAAACCCAGAUAAUUCAGAUAACUACCAAAGAGCAACUUUGACCUCUGAUGGGGUGUUAACAUGGUAUUUUGUCCCAAAAACUUCCAUUAGCGAUGGUUGGUUAGUGAGUUACGCUUUACCAGAAAACAUAUGUAUGACCGAUCAAAAUCCUAGACCAGAAUUAGGCAGCGGAAUUUGUGGGUUUAACAGCAUUUGUAGCCUUGGUGAUGCAUCUGAUGAUAGAAGACCAACAUGUACGUGCCCACAAGGUUACUCCUUUCGUGAUCCUAAUGAUAAAUAUAGCAGCUGUAAGCCUGAUUUUCUUGAUGGUUGUGAAGGAUAUGCAGAGCGUUCUUUGAAGGGUGAGUACAAUUUAAAACUCGUUCCAACUACUGAUUGGCCAUUCAAUGAUUAUGAAAGACUUGAUCCUUACAACGAAGAGGACUGCAAGACUUCUUGUCUGAAAGAGUGCUUUUGUGCUGCUGUCAUUUUCAAAGAACCUAAUACAAAAGAUCAUGGUUGUUGGAAGAAGAGGGCACCACUAUCCAACGGAAGAAAAGACACCACAGUACUCGGGACAACUUGGAUUAAGGUCGGGAAUGUUAAUAUUUCCAAUGACCCACUCAACCCCUUUGUUUCUGAUCCCCCUUCAAAAGCAAAAAACAAGAGGAAAAUGAAAGUGUUUGAUAAGGGUCAGAGAAAAACAGUGACAGAGUACAAGAACAUCGAUUGUUUCAGCUACCAAGAGCUCAUAGAGGCAACAAAUGGGUUCAAGGAAGAGUUGGGAAGAGGGGCUUUUGGUGUAGUUUACAAGGGCAUGAUCAAUGGAGGAGGUCUUUCAACUUCUGUUGCUGUUAAGAAGUUAGAUAGAAUAUCAGGUGAUACCGAUAAGGAGUUCAAAACCGAAGUUAAUGUGAUUGGUCAGACACAUCACAAGAAUCUAGUACAACUUGUAGGCUUUUGCAAGGAGGAUGAUCAAAGGUUGUUAGUAUAUGAAUAUAUGAGCAAUGGUAGCUUAGCAGCUUACCUUUUUGAUGGUUUGAGGCCGAGCUGGAAAGAUAGAGUUAAAGUUACUCAGGGGACAGCAAGGGGGUUAUUGUACUUGCACGAGGAGUGCAGCACCCAGAUACUUCAUUGUGAUAUAAAUCCCCAAAACAUACUUUUAGAUGAACAUCAGAACCCUCGUAUUUCUGAUUUUGGAUUGGCAAAGAUUUUGGUUCUAAACCAAACCCAUACAAACACAGGAAUUAGAGGGACUAAAGGCUAUGUUGCUCCAGAAUGGUUCAGAAACAAGCCAGUCACGGCGAAGGUAGAUGUCUAUAGCUUUGGGGUUCUGUUAUUGGAGAUCAUAUGUUGCCGAGAAAGUGUAUGCAUGGAACUCAUCGCGGAGGAAGGAGCCAUUUUGACAGAUUGGGCAUUUGAUUGCUAUCAAUCUAACAGAUUAGAUUCACUUGUUAAUGAUGGCAUGGAGAGGCAUACUGACAUAACUCAAUUAAAGAGGUUUGUAAUGGUUGCUCUUUGGUGUAUCCAAGAAGACCCAAGUCUACGACCAACAAUGCGAACAGUCACACAGAUGCUAGAAGGUCUUGCUGAAGUGCCUAAUAACCCUCCUUGUCCGGGCUCAUUUUCAGUUACUAUCCAAUCCUAAACUUGCCCAAAGAAAGUAGUAUUCUACAUUCUGUAUAUUUGUUUCAUUUUAUUUUUACAUUAGUGAUAAGCUGGUAGUGUAGCCAUCAGCCUCUCUUAGGCUCGGGCACCAAAAGAAAACCCAACUGUAAAUUAAGAUUUAUUAUCCCGUCAAUUUCAACUAUUGGUGUUAUUAUGAAUAA